ACCGCCGCCUAGUUUGCCUGAUUCUUCUGAGUUUCUGUAAUUUCUUCAGUAUUGAAUACCACCACUCAGUAUUCGACGGCUUCGGAUUGGCCCAAUUCAUGAACGCUGUUGCCGAAAUCUCUCGAGGUCAUCCUAAACCCACGGUAAAACCAAUAUGGCUUCGAGAAUCUAUCCCAAAUCCCCAAAAAUUCAUCAUCCCAAAAUCAGCAUAUAAUGCGGCCUUGACCUCAUCAACCAAUAAUUUGAAACAACACAUAAUUGAUAUCUCUUCUGAUCAAAUCAACAAACUGAAGAAUAAUUUCAUCGAGGAAACCGAUGAGAACUGCUCUACUUUCGAUAUCCUAACUGCGCUGCUUUGGCGAGUACGCACAAGAGCAGUUAAUGGAGAGCCUCGUGCCAACGUUACCCUCACGUUUCCUACAGACAUGAGGCCAAAUUUGAACCAAGUUCUUCCCUGUGGGAGCGGUUAUUACGGAAAUCUCCUCUACGCUUCCCUAGUCAAGAGUACUAGUGAGUUCGUUGGUCAAGCAGCAUUUGCAGAGGUAGUGAAAACAGUUAGAGAUGCCAAGCAGAGAUCCUUUAAGAAAUGCUCGACUUGCGUCUUUCGUGAAUUGCUUCAGUCUCCGGUGUUCGAGGGAGGUGUUCGGUUAUGGACUCACGGCAUUUUACAAGAACACUCUGAAACGUUUCUUGAUCAAAUGAAGUUGGCAUUGUGA